CGCCGCGACAGGACCGCUCGCCUGACGCCGCCCGCCGUGCGCCGCCCCCGCCGUGCGCCGCGCGCCCCGUCGCGACGCCGCUCUCGUGCCGCUCUCUCGCGCCGCGCGCCCCCUCAGCCCCUCUCGACGCACUCCAGCCCAGCUGCUCGGCCCCGCACCGGCUCCGCCCCAUGUGAGAGCCGAGGUGUCCCUGGGUGUUCCUCGGGUGUUCUGCACUGGGAACACCACCGCGAUAUGUGGGAAUGAGGCACCGCCAUAGAAUGGGCCACCGUAGGACGGCGACCUCCUCCUCGGGGUCGUCGUCGUCCUCCUCGUCCUCUGGGUCGUCAUCGUCGUCCUCAUCGUCGUCGGCCUCGUCCUGGCACGGCCCGCUGGCCGCGUACGCGGGCGUGGCCACGCUCGCCCUGGGCUGCUACGCCAACGGCCUCCACGGCGAGUUCGUGCACGAUGACGUCCCCGCCGUGGUGCGCAACCGGGACGUGCUCGGGCUCACGCCGCUCCACGGCCUCCUCGCCAACGACUUCUGGGGCACCAGCAUGGCGGACCCGCACUCGCACAAGAGCUACCGGCCCCUCACCGUGCUGACCUUCAGGGCGACGCACGCGGUGUGGGGGCUGCAGCCGCUGUGGUUCCACGUGGUGAAUGUGGCGCUGCACCUGCUGGCCUCGCUGCUCUUCACUCGGGUCUGCGUCUCUGUGGCCGGGCUGAGGUCGGGCUUCGCCACGCUGGCAGGCCUGCUAUUCGCCGCGCAUCCCAUUCACACAGAAGCGGUGACGGGGAUCGUUGGACGAGCAGAUGUGCUGGCCUGCGUCUUUUUCCUUCUGUCUUUCCUUUCCUACCAUGACCCCGGGUUCGGCGGGCGCAUCGGCACGUCGGUGGUGCUGGCCGCACUGUCCAUGCUGGCUAAGGAGACGGGCGUGACGGUGCUGGUGGUGAACCUGCUCCUGGACCUGUACCGCUCGUGGGGGCCGCUGCGGCGCGCGCUCCGGGACGUGCGCUGGAACGAGGAGGCGCAGCUCUUCUCGCGCAGGGCCGCCAAGAUACUCAUGUCGGAAAAAUGUUUGAAUUUCAAGUUCAUGCUUACUUCUGACACGAGAUCAAAUUUACUCUUGAAACAAUUCCUAAUUAUAUUUCGAAUGAGAGAUAAUUUUUGUUUUAAAGACGAUCUUGUACCUUUGUGUCAGGAAUUACUGACGUUUUGUUACCUGGCGGCGCUCAACUGCUGGCUGCUGCUGUGCCCAUCGACUCUCUCGCAUGACUGGCAGUUCGGGUCCGUGCCGCUGGUCACCUCGUUGGGCGACUGCCGCAACUUGGCCACCUGCGCAUUGUUCGGCGUCGGUCUGCUCGUCGCCUACCGCUGCCUCGUAGACUUUGAGAUUCAGAGACAUCCGCCUCUCAUCCUGGGGCUGCUGCUCCUCUGCAUACCAUUCCUGCCCGCCUCCAACCUCCUCGUGACGGUGGGCUUUGUCAUAGCCGAGCGUGUGCUCUACAUUCCAAGCCUGGGAAUGGUGCUGCUGGUGGUGUACGGGUCCCAGCUGCUGUGGAACGCGCUGUUCGUGCGACAACGGCACGUCAUCCUGGUCGCAGCCAUGCUCGUGCUGGGCGGCUUCUGCCUGCGCACCGUGGUCCGCAACCGUGACUGGGCCACGAGGGAAAGCCUCGCCGUGUCCGGAGUCCGAGACAUGCCCAACAACGCCAAGCUGCACUACAACAUGGGCAACACGCUCCGGGACACGGGCAGGAAGCCACCCGCCAUCUCGCACUACAAGGAGGCCCUCAGACUGUGGCCGUCCUACGCAUCGGCCCACAACAACCUGGGCACGCUGGCGCCCUCUGCCGACGAGGCGGAGAGGUUCUUCCUCUCUGCGAUCCACUUCCAGCCUGCGCACGUCAACGCCCACUACAACCUGGGACACGUGUACAAGUGA